AUGGAUCUCUGGCCCGGCUUCACCUUCCCGCUGAUCCUGCUCACGGCCUGCUUGCUUUUUCUGCUGUGGAGGGGGCACCAGGCUGGGCGGAGGAGCCUCCCCCCAGGCCCAUGCCCGCUGCCCCUCCUGGGCAAUUUGCCGCAGUUGUGGGGACCGUCAUUAGGAUCUCUGCUGGGGCUCAGAGACAAGUACGGCCCCGUGUUCACCAUCUACUUGGGGUUGCAGCGGGCCGUGGUGCUGUGGGGCUAUGAGGCGGUGAAGGAAGCCUUGGUGGACCAAGCAGAGGAGUUCAGUGGCCGAGAGGGGUUAGCUCUUGUGGAUAGGACCAGCAAGGGCAAUGGGCUUUUCUUCAGCAACGGGGAGACGUGGCGGCAGCUGCGCUGAUUUGCCCUUAGCACCCUGAGAAAUUUUGGGGUGGGGAAGAGGAGCAUCGAGGAGCGGAUCCAGGAGGAAGUCCAGUACCUGCUGGAGGAGGUCAGGAAGACAGAAGGGACGCCCUUGGACCCCACCUUCAUGCUGCGACGCUCCGUCUCCAACGUCAUCUGCUCCGUGGUCUUCGGGGCGCGGUUCAGCUACGAGGAUGAGGCAUUCCAGAUGCUGCUCGGCCUGAUCCAGGCGAAAUUCUGGCACGUGGACACCGUCUGGGUGCAGCUGUACAACCUCUUCCCAGCUGUCAAUCACCUGCCCGGCCCUCACAACCGGCUCUUCGAGAACUUCGAGGAGCAGAAGCGCUAUGUGGCCGGGGUCGUCCGGAAGCACAAAGAGACCCUGGACCCUGCCUCCCCGCGGGACUACACGGACGCCUUCCUCAUCCGGAUGCAGCAGGAGGAGAACGAUCCGGACACCAAAUUCCACCAGGAAAAUUUGAUCCUCUCGGCACUGGAUUUAUUUUUCGCGGGCACAGAAACCACCAGCACCACGCUGAGAUACGGGCUGUUGAUUCUGCUGAAGUAUCCUCACGUCACAGAAAGAAUUCAGGAGGAGAUUGAGCGAGUCAUCGGCCAGGACCGUGUCCCAUGCAUGGAGGACAGGUCCAAGAUGCCCUACACUGACGCCGUGGUCCAUGAGAUUCAGAGGUUCGCCGACAUCAUUCCUCUGGGCGUUCCCCACUCGGUGACCCGGGACACCCGGUUCAGGGGAUACUCCAUCCCUAAGGGCACGGCCGUGUUUCCCAUCCUGCAUUCCGUCCUGCACGACCCCACGCAGUUCAAAGACCCGGAGACCUUCGACCCCGGGCAUUUCCUGGAUGAGGAGGGUGGAUUUCGGAAGAACGCGGCGUUCAUGGCCUUCUCUGCAGGGAAGCGGACGUGUCCCAGCGAGGGCCUGGCCCACAUGGAGCUCUUCCUCUUCUUCACCUCCAUCCUGCAGCGCUUCGCCCUCUGCUCACCUGCGCGCUCGCAGGACCUCGACAUCACCCCGGAGUACCACGGCUUCGGCAAGGUGCCACGCAGGUACCAGCUGCCGCUCGUCCCCCGCUGAACACCAGUCGCCGUGCCACGGCGGCCAGGCCCGGUUCCCUGGCGGCCUGCACCUCGCACAGCGUGUCACACUGGUGCAAAACACUAUCGGGGCGAGACGGAAGCCUGGCUGUGGAGGAGCCCACGUGGAUGUGUGAGCC